UUAGAUAGCCAAAAAGAUUUAUAUUUUAUCGUUCUGGUAGUCCUUCAAACAGUGACAACACAAAAAGAAAGAUUUAUGACCAAUCCAACUUUUUUUUUUUCUGAUGACGUGAUACUCUGACAGCUAAGUGACCACAACUUCCACAAAACAAAACUUGAGGCUACUAGCUGAGCUGAUAACGUCAGUCCAUCUAAAAGUCAUUUUAUUCACUACAAGCUUGUCGUUGAAAAGUCUAUAGUAUAUAUAGAUAGGUAUUAAAACUAUUGAAAACACACACACGGAUGGGAGAACAAAUGCAGACCAGGAUUUUAUAAAAUCUUUACAAAAACUAAAUUCUCUGCGUAUUAUUUCGGAGGGCAGUGCACCAGUAUUUCCUGUCUUUUUGCAGUUGCUUCUGUCUAACUUGACGCAGCUCUCUCUGGCCCGCCGUCGUCAGCAGAUCCCACGUCAAUCAUCCUCACUGGGAAUUCACUGAGCGCCAGCUGGAGAGCGACAGAACGAAUACACAAAUAAACCACCAAUACAGAGAUAAAAACUGACAAAAAAUCCAGCCAGAGAACAAAGGAGCCCUGGAGUGCAGCCGCUGAUUACCUGACAGGAAAAGGCAUCACUGAAGUCUCAUCAUGUCAGCUUAUGAUGCAAAUGCCACCCUCAACCCGACGAUGUAUGAUUACUCAUCUUACUACAGUGACAAUGACAGUGGUGUCACUCCUUGCAGCAAUGUUGAAAUGAGAGAGUUUGGCAGGGUGUUUCUGCCUGUUCUGUACAGUUCAGUUUUCAUCCUCGGAUUCCUAGGUAAUGGCCUAGUGGUGUGUGUCCUGGUGAAACACCGCAACCAGACAAACUUGACAGAUAUCUGCCUCUUCAACCUGGCUCUCUCUGACCUCCUCUUCGUCAUCACGCUGCCUUUCUACACUCACUACGUUGUGGCCGGAGAAUGGAUCUUCAGUGUCUUUUUGUGCCAUUUCAUCGGUGGCAUACACAACACCGGGUUCUUCAGCGGCAUCUUCUUCAUGGUUGUCAUGACGCUGGACCGCUACGUGGUCAUCAUGCACACUCACAAGGUUGCACGAUACCGCACUGUGAAGAUGGGCAUCGCUCUGACUGUGUUUGUCUGGAUGCUUAGCUUGUUCGUCUCCCUACCGUCUUAUAUCUUCACAACGGUGAAAAAUGGGUCUCAAGGGCAGAGUUGUGAUUUCAUUCCGGAAAACAAAGACUGGUGGGUGUUCAACAUCUUCGCACCAAAUAUCUUGGGCCUUGUGAUUCCCUUGUUGGUGAUGGUAAUUUGCUACUCUAGGAUCAUCCCCAUUCUGGUCAAGAUGAGGAGUGCAAAGAAACACCGUGUUGUCAAGCUGAUCAUCUCCAUCGUGGUCGUCUUUUUUUUAUUCUGGACCCCAUAUAACAUUUCCAAUUUCUUGCGGUUUCUGCAGUAUGAAGCCAGCCUGUUUGAUGAUUGCGACUCUGACAAAAAUUUAAAGUUGUCAAUAACAGUGACUGAGACCAUUGCCAUGACUCACUGCUGCCUCAACCCCAUCAUAUACGCCUUUGUGGGACAGAAGUUUAUGAAGCGUGCCGUACAGCUGCUGAGGAAAUGGGUGCCUGGGAUUCACUUUCUCUCCACCAGAGAUUUGUCAGAUAGCUCAUUCAGGAAAAGGUCUUCUGAUGUCUCCUCCACUUUUGUCAUGUAGGUGGUGGAGGGCAGAUGUAAUAUGUUUUGUGGACAUUGCCUACAGUGUUUGGACUUGUUUUUUCUUCUUAUUACUGCAGAUGUUAUACGUGUUCAUUUUGCAUGAUUUGUUUUACUCGUGACUUUCAUUUUCCACCAAUGAAAUUGUUGUUUAUCAGCAGUGUCUCAUCUAUAAACUCUCCUUGUACAUAUACGCCUGUUAUUGUUAGAUUUAUUAAUUUGCACUUGCAAAUGGAAUGUCGUGCUUUCUCUAUAACAUGUCAGAUUUAUAAGGCCAUCAGUUUUUCAAAGAAUCAUAGUGUUACUUGAUCAGCAUACCAUCUAUUUUUGAGCUCCCAUGCUGGUGUCUUCGAAAUGCUACGCAGAAGGUGUUGCUUCUUUUUUGCUUGGUGUAAAACAGGAGGAAACAUGACUGCACCUCAAAUUAUACCUUUAAACUGAAACCAUGAACAUUUUCCAACUAACCACAAAGUUUGUCGUGCUAAAGCCGUGCAUAAUAUGGUCCUUCUUUUGCUUUUCUUUUCCUUUUUCCACACAUUAGUUGAUGAAACUGCAAAUUGGUGAGUAAACACUUAUGUUAUAUGGAAAACACAACUUUAAAAAGAAAGCUGAAUGGUCUUUUUCAGCAUGUAACUUCCCUUGUGGAAAGACUUCUUUCAGAUGUUGGAUGACGAUCACAGCUACAGAGGUAAAAACCAACACAGGGUUAUGUUGCACUGUCUGCACCAUUAGUCAUAGAUUUAAAUCUGUUAAUUUGGAACAUUUUUUGGCCCAUCAUAUCUGUAAUUUCUCACCUAUUUUCUCAGUAUUGUUUUAUGCCUCACAUUUGUACAUAUGUACAGUAAAUUGUAUCUUUGUAUUUUUGUUUUCAUACUGAACACAGCAUAUUCUUUUUGGCUCCAUAUCAGAUGUUAUUUGCACAAAUGCUACACAUUUUCAAGCCUUUGCUCAGAUGUUUCAAUUUUAUAUCCUCUAGUGCUAUGACUGUCAAUUGCUGAUGUGUUUUUGUAUUUCACAUUUGCUCUGGCUUUUUCUAAAUAGUUGUUGUUAUGAUUCAUUGCGUCAGUGACCUGAUUUCUCAAUAGGGAUUAUUAAAGUUUUAUCUCCUCUCA